GAGAGGGCGGAGCCGGCGGUGCCUAGCGUUGGCGGAAGUGACGUCAGGUCCGGCGGUGUGUGGCGGAGCGGGGCGGGCCGGGCCGAGCGCGGAACGGAGCGGGACCGGUGGGGUCCGGGCGGGUCACGGCGGAGCGGCGGCUCCUCUGCGCACCGCAGUUGCAGGUUUGGGAUCGGAGUGGCAGCCAUGAAGGACCCAAGUCGCAGCAGUACCAGCCCCAGCAUCAUCAGCGAGGAUGUGAUCAUCAACGGGCACUCCCACGAGGAUGACAACCCCUUUGCCGAGUACAUGUGGAUGGAGAACGAGGAGGAGUUUAACAGGCAGAUCGAAGAGGAGUUGUGGGAAGAAGAAUUCAUCGAGCGCUGUUUCCAGGAGAUGCUGGAAGAGGAGGAGGAGCAUGAAUGGUUUAUUCCAGCCCGUGAUCUCCCACAAACAAUGGAUCAAAUCCAGGACCAGUUCAAUGACCUUGUUAUCAGUGACAGCUCAUCGCUGGAGGAUCUGGUGGUCAAGAGUAAUCUGAAUCCAAAUGCGAAGGAGUUUGUUCCUGGGGUGAAGUAUUUAAACAUUUGAGUAGACUGGGCCCUCUUUUGGUGGAUGUAGCACAAUUUCCACACUGUGAAGCCAGUAUUAGAAGAUUUAAUUGUAAAAGCUCUCUCUUCUUGUCACUGUGUUACACUUAUGCAUUGCCAAAGUUUUGUUAGUCUUGCAUGCUCAAUAAAAGUGCUGAGACUGUUAUUAAGUAAAUCUGUCAAAAGUUUAAUGGAAACAUAAUUGGGCCCUGGCUCUGUGCGAAGGAGGCAGUGAGGUAAGAAGCACCAGUCAAGUUGAGACAAAGUACCAUGUUAAUAAAACCUUCUGCAGACUCUGAUUUUUAAAACAGGACUUGGAAUUUGCGGUGAAUGGUCUGUUUUUAACUAAAGAUGAGUUAACUGGUGCUAGCUUGCACCUGAUAAUGCCUUAACUUCCAAGUGAAAGUGAGGAGAUCUGAUUGUUAUGCAAAUUAGCUAACUUUCCUUUGAGGUAUCAGUGUUGUUACUAAUGUUAAUUUCCCCCUUUACAAAACAUCAUGAUCCUGGAAGCAGCGUGAGCUUAAGCCAAAUCUCACAGACCUGUACAGAGUCGUAGAUCUCAGCUCCUGCACUAACAUCCGGACGAUUGAGAGGAAGCAGUUCCCUGUCCUUUGCAGUGUGUGAUCAUGUCAGAAACCUUCCCUUCCCGUGCUGUUAGGGAGGUGUGAGAUCCAUCUCAGUUCCUGCCAGGAACAGGCCCCUACAUAGCACUGCCUAUGGAACCCUCAGCAUCCGACUUCCCACAGCUGGAUUUAACCAGGCAAACCCCCCCAGCAUUAGUGAUUUGAGUGGUGCUUUUCCCUUGCUUUGUUUAAUCAUCACUACACAAUAGUCUACAGCACAACAACUUUUCUGUUUUUUUGGUUUUUUGUUUUUUUUUUUUUUUUCUUUUAAUAAAGCUAGAACAGUUUUGGCUUCUUAAACUUCAUAUUUGGGUAGGUUAAGCUGCCAUACGUGUUCAGUGUGAAUAGUGUUUAAGUUGAAAAUAUUGUAAAAAAAUUAUAUUUUUUCAAAAAUAUUUAAAAAAAUAAAUAAUAGUAGAACUGA